AUGUCUCAACCUCACCCCCUCUUCGGCCACUGGCAGCCAAACCCUCACCUCCAGCACCUCUACUACGGUCCUGACUGCGUCUCCCAGUACCUCCUCAAAACCCUCCCGAACCCCACAUCCAAAGCCAUCAUCAUCACCGGCACGACCCUAGCAACCCGCACGCCUCUCGUCCAGCGCCUCCAAACCCUCCUAGCUACCCACUACGUUACCACCAUCUCCUCCAUAACCCAACACACCCCAUCCCAUACUAUCAACGACGCCAUCAAUACCAUACUAACCCUCCACGCUAGAGACCCCACAAUCGACACCCUCAUCUCCUUAGGCGGCGGCUCUCCCAUCGACGCCGCCAAAAUCCUCGCCCUACGCUUCUUCCAAGCUACCACUUCAACCCUAACCCACCUCGCCAUCCCCACUACCCUCAGUGCUGCUGAAACCACCCCCGCUGGAAGCACCACCCAACCCGAUGGAACUAAAACCGGAAUUCGAGACGCCAAGAUGGCAGUACAUGCUAUUUUCUAUGACCCGGCGUAUACAAAAUACACCCCGAUGGAUCUAUGGCUCAGCACAGGAAUCAGAGCUCUAGAUCAUGCCGUCGAGGCGAUGUAUCAUCCUACUGCUAGUGAAGUGCCGUGGAAGAUACUUGCUAUUUAUGCAGUGGGGGAAUUGUUUGAGUGCUUGCCCAAGGCCAAGGAGGACUGUGAUAUGAGUGACGAUGCUACAACUGUUAGGCUAAUGCUAGCUUCGUUUGCGAGCUCGGGACUUAAAGGUGAGGAUCUGGGAAACGGGAUGGGAUUAUCGCAUUCCCUGGGAUAUGCGCUUGGGAGUCCGUAUGGGAUUCCGCAUGGGGUUACGAGUUGUGUUACGCUGGGAAAGGUAGUCGGGUUCAUGGCAGGUGAGGGGAAGGAGAGGGAAAUUGCGAGGUUGGUGAGGGCAGUAGGGGGCGUUAGGACGGGUGAUCAUGAGGUCGAUGCAAGGGUUGUCGGGGAGAGGAUUGUGGCGUUGGUCGAGGCCUUGGGGUUGGGGGUUAGGUCGUUGGAAGAGUUGGGUGUGUGUAGGGAUGAGGUGCCGGUUAUUGUGGAGAGGGCGUUGAGGGGGGUUGAGAGGGGGGAGUUUUAUGACAGGGUUGAGGGGCUGGUUGGAUCGUUGUUUUGA